AUGUCGGCGCUCACUGAAAUCACCACUGAGGGUGACUUUGCCGCCCACCUCAACUCGCUUCCACCCUCUGCACUUGUCGUCCUCUACUUCUAUGCACCAUGGGCUGCUCCCUGUACACAGAUGCGUGCGGUCCUCUCAGCGCUCGCCCAGCAAUACCCUGUGACAACCCCGCCAUCCAUCUCGUUUGUCAGCAUGAAUGCAGAGGAACUACCAGAUAUCUCGGAGGAGUAUGAAGUGACAUCUGUGCCACACACUGUCUGUGUGCGCAAUGGACAGGUUCUGGAGUCCAUCGGUGGAAGUGAUGCCAUCAAGGUCCGAAAUGCCGUUGAGCGGUAUGCAAGCGGCGCGGCUGCACCUGCUCAUGCUUCCAACAUCCCACCAGCUCUCUCCGCCGCCCCUCGUGAAAAUGGCCCAGCUGUCGCUACCCAGCCACCUGUUGUUGCACCUAAUGCUGCUGCCGCUGGCGCUGCUGCAAAUGCUAUACCUGUGGCUCCCACUGAAUCCGCCGAGGACCUGGAUGAGAGAAUUAAGAACUUAGUCAAGGCAGCCCCGAUCAUGCUGUUUAUGAAGGGAACCCCCAGUGAGCCUCAGUGUGGCUUCAGCCGGCAGUUGGUGGGCAUUCUGCGCGAGCAACGUGUUCGAUACGGGUUCUUCAACAUCCUGGCGGAUGAGGAUGUUCGUCAACGGUUGAAGGAGAUUGCUGAGUGGCCCACUUACCCACAAUUGUGGGCGAACGGCAACCUCGAGGGUGGUCUGGACAUUAUCCGCGAGUCGCUCACCGAAAACCCUAACUAUCUGCACGAGCUCGUAAAUGCCUCCGCACAGGGCUAA